AUGGAAGGAGUUCAGACUGUGGACGUUUUUAUGACUGGGCUGUUGGGGAUCCGACAAUCGGGACAGCUUCUGACGUAUCACAUUAUCUUUAGACCAUUUGUCUCGCACAAAAUCAGUAUCAGCGAGCGACAAGCCUGGCACCGACAAUCCAGCACGCCCAACGCCACCCCCUCCACCUCAGAACCGAAGCAAGCACCUCAUAACGAUGCAGCUCCAGUACAGGCGAAACCACCACCAGUUGAGAAACAUGAGGAGCAAAAGCCAUCUACGCCAUCACCAGCAUCGCGCAAGACGGAUCCAAAACCCAUCGGACGACGAAACUCGUGGAUCUCUACUCUAAGCUCAAAGUUUUCCUCUGGCACUACCCCGCCGUCGCAGGCUAGUCUGAAAGCUAGUCCCGCGAGCCCGAAAACAACUUCGCCUCUCGAACUCCAUAACCCAUUCGGCGCCGCCUUCUCUCCGAAGGACAAGGAGGAAGAGAAGAAAGACGAAUCCAAUCCCUUUACUUCUUCUUCACCUAAGGGGCCGUCGUUUAUUCACAAUGCUCUACGAAAGUUCUCCUCCAACUCAGGUGGGUUGCCCAAGUUGCAUCCCAAUGGCUCGAUCUGUCCACGUCGCGUGAUGAACAUCGACGAGAAGCGACACCGAUGCAAGAUUGCGGACUUGAAUCAGGCCAAACUCAACCGUGUGGCGUUCUGUGUGGAUGUUGAAAUUGCGGGCAUCUCUCAUCGGGACGAUGAUGAGGAUGCUCCUCCAACGAAUCAAUUACGGCACCCUCAACCUGAGUCUAAUAAGGCUAAGAAGGCUGAUCUAAAGCCAAAAGAACAAGAUGAAGCUGGAGCUUUGAACAAUCCUGAGGCUACAUUGGUCGCGAAGGACAGCGCAUCUUCGGCUCCUGUUGCAGUUCCUGCCCCAACCACCGGUGAUGUGAAGGCCGAAUCUAGCUCUCCGCCGACAAAUACCGACAGCAGCAAGCCAUCUACGAACCCCACUCCCAGUGGGGAAGGGGCCGAUCCAACAAGGAAGCAAGAGAAGAAAAAAAGAUCCGAGGCAGAGCGAAAAGAACGGAAGGAGAGAAAACGAAGACAAGCGGUAGCGAAUGGUUCGAUUCCAUUGCAACUCGAUGCAGAGAAUGACGAAGAGUAUUCUCACGGUCCAGCACCAGCAUCAAGUGUCCCUCGGUCCAAAACGCAAAGCCACCCGACAACCGAUCCGGUGCGUAUCUAUCGCCGUUGUUGUCAGCUACGUGAGACUCCUGUUCUCAAGAGAGUGGUUGAUGAGAUCUCCAAACCUUCAUCAACACUGGCCGAGUCGCCGGGCACGGUAGCAGCUUUGGAUUUGAGCAAUUUCCCGAUGACCUCGCAGGAUUUGACAACGUUCAGCGACUGGCUCGCGGUUGUUCCAGUCCGUAAACUCAUCCUUGAAAACUGUGCAUUGACAGAUACUUCCGUGCGAGCUAUUCUUUCAGCCCUACUUUCUACCAAGACCGUAGAGCAGAUGCGCUAUCGACGGAGGCGAUCUCGAAGACCAGAUUCCCCGGAUUCCCUUGAUCAUGAACGAUACGGCGUUGUGGAAAAGCUUUCUCUGAAAGAUAACUUGAAGAUAGGACGGGAGGGAUGGCGUCACAUCAGCCUUUUUAUUCACCUCUCGAAAUCACUAAAAGCUAUCGAUUUGUCGGGCAUUCCUUUGCCUCAAGUUCAGGUUGCGAUCGAUGGUUCUGGGACAACGUGCCAACCCCAUGCGCCUAUGGCCGAUGUGAGCAUGGUCUUCGCGAGUGCCCUGGCAGAGCGUUUUGCUGGGAAUUAUCUUGAAGAACUGCUCAUGAGCGAGUGUUAUCCUUCUGUCGAUGCCGUAAAACAAAUCUGCCACGCGAGCGCAAAAAUGGGUCUGCGGAGACUUGGCUUUGCGAGUAAUGGCCUGACGAGAGAGGGUCUGGAGCAUGUGGCUGAAUAUCUCAAAGCCGGACAGUGCGAAGGACUCGAUCUAGGUGGCAACGCUAUAACGGACGAUCUCGAUCUGAUCACAGACGCGAUUGAACCCGAAUUACCGCUUUAUGCGCUGAGUCUGGCAGAUUGCUCCCUUAAUGGGUCAGUGAUUUAUCCAUUGCUCCAAUCGCUUGCGCAGAUCCACAACCUCCGGUUCAUCGAUUUCUCUCAUAAUCGCGAGUUAUUCUCAUCGCAGGCUAACACAUUGGGCGCUUUCCGUCGCUUCCUGCCAAAAAUGACGUCUUUGAAGCGCGUUCAUCUUGCUAAUGUCAAUUUGUCAUCGGACCAUGUCAUCGGUCUUGCUGAGGUAUUGCCAGAGUGCCCGAGUUUGUGUCAUCUGAAUAUUCUAGAGAACCAACAGAUUGUGGAUUUGGCAUCCACCAUAGACCCUGUUGCUCAGGAAGAAGCAUGUGCUGUGUAUGCGUCUAUGAUGGCAGCCGUCCGUGUCUCACGUACAAUCAUUGCAGUUGAUAUCGAAGUUCCUUCCGCAGAAAACAACGAAGUUAUUAAAGCUCUUGGUUCCCAGAUUGUGGCUUACUCGCUGCGGAAUCUUGAAGGUGGCGCCAUUGCAGAAGAGCUUUCUGGCUCUCUUUCUCCACUUGAGAUCCCUAUACCAGACGUUUUGCAGCACCUUGUAGGACACGGACACUCUGCCAUUUCUGAAGAGCCUUAUGAUGAUGAAGAUGAGGCCGCUCCCGACGAGGAUUAUGUGAUUGGUGGCACAGGUGUGGUAAAAGCAUUGGGUGUUUGUCUCGGGAAUCUGGACCAGCAUGGUCUCGAUGUUCUCGGCGAUCAAUCUUUACCACCCAGUGGUACCACAACACCCCGACGCCGCAAGUCCCGAGGUGUUCCUACCAAGCGGCCUCGCGACAUGUCGAAGAAUCUGCUGGAAUCCGCGCGCAACAUCAGAACCCGGAUCCAGUCCGCUCUUAUUCGCGAAGAUCGUGCUGGUAAUGACACGAACUAUCGCCGCCUUCAAUUUUUGGACAUGACCUUGCAUAAGAUGAUCCAACGCUUCGAGGAUGAAUACCCAGAAACUCGCAUCGUUCCUCAACUUCCGCCCGCUACCCCGGUCCCCGACACCAUCUCCCAACACUCUGGUGAUGACGAUGGCAGCGGCUCCUUCGCUGCUGGUGGUAAUAUGAACAACAGCCAGCUUGACGAGACUGGCGGUGAUGAGGAAGACACCGAUCAAUAUGCCGUCCGUCUUUCUCGUACCAGCUCCAUGACUUCUCUCCACUCUCGGGCCAUGACCUCUCAAGAAGGACAUGUCCACCGCAUCGGCCAGAACCUCCGUCGCGACUUCCUCAAGCCUUCUUUAGUUCCCAGCGACGGCGACGAGGAUUUCGACUACGAGGACGAUACUUCGCAUAUUGCCGCUCUCCGGCAGAAGCUUGAUCUUCUUCACGAGCAACAGUCUCUGUCUCAAUUCGAAGGCUUUGACGCCGACAUGGCCUUUAAUCAUCUCGGGACUACUGUCGAUGACCUUUAUCAUUCUCAGCAGCAAGAUGCCGAAGGAUUCGAGCGCUUCAAGCAGUCCCAGAUUGCUGCACAGAUCAACAGUGGUAUUCGUUCCAGAGAUAUCAUAGAACCUAGGACAGGCUCCGACGAACCGGAGAGCAAGUCCCCGUCUUGA